GUUGGGAAGAGAGAUAGGCAGAGAUACUAGCAGGAAGAAAUGGCGCCUCGAUGCUGCGCUCAGUGAAGCGGCGUUUGGACAGAUUCAGAGAGAACCGUCCACGGGGGCAAACAUGGUCAAUACGAGGAAAAACUCUCGGGUGAGAUGCGACCCGUUUAUCUCCUCCAGGACGAGGUCGUCGUCGAGAGCCGAGCGAAACUCCGAGGAUCAUAAGGAACCCGGCAGCGAUGCGAGCAGUCCCAGCAGCCCGCGGUUGGGGCCGCCUUCCAAACGGACGCGUCGGCAGACGGCCUCCGAGCGAAGCUCAAGCGACACUUCGCCGUCGCCGCAGGCAAAGGGCCAGAGGGUCAGCUGGGACAUUCCCACGUACCGCACCAGGCUAUCCUCUCGCAUAAUGCAAAAUGGGCACGCUCUUAGAAGUCGCAGGAGUGAGGACAGCGGAGGUGGAGAUCACUCGCAUAUAAACGGCCAUGUGGAGCUGAAGAGGAGCUGCCGGGUGAAGAAGAGCCAGUUUGAACACCUCAAUCAGAGCCUGCUGUUUGACCAGCUGGUGAACAGCACGGCUGAGGCGGUUCUCCAGGAGAUGGACAACAUCACCAGCAUCAGGCAGAGUCGGGAAGUGGAGCGCCUGCGGAUGUGGACCAGAGACACGGAGGAGGAAAACAUGGAUAUGUACUCCCGGGUGAAGCGCAGGAAGUCUAUGCGGCGGUGCACGUUCAACAUGCCCGCACACCACAAAGUCAUGGGGAAAACGGAGGAGGAGGAAGAAGAGGAAGGGACAGAAGAGUCUCAUGGUGAAGAAGAAGAGGAAGAUGCAGAGGAGGACGAUGAAGAUGAUGAAGGGGAUGAAGCUGAGGAAGCAGAAGAAAACGACAGGCCUUAUAAUCUGAGGCAGCGCAAGACGGUGCAGAGAUACGAGGCGCCUCCUAUAGAGCCCGUCAACAGAAAACAAAGCAAUCCUUCCCUUUUUGACACACACCGAUCGCCAGCGCGAAGAAGCCAUAUAAGAGUGAAGAAACACGCCAUUCACAGCAGUGACACGACCUCUUCCUCCGAUGAAGAGCGAUUUGAGCGGAGGAAAAGCAAGAGCAUGACCCGGGCCAGAAACAGAUGUUUGCCCGUGAACCUGACAGCAGAGGACCUGGCUAGCGGUGUGCUUCGUGACAGAGUGAAAGUGGGUGCCAGCUUGGCUGACGUGGACCCCAUGAACCUCGAUAAUUCGGUGAGAUUUGACAGUGUGGGAGGCCUCAGUUACCACAUCCAGUCACUAAAGGAGAUGGUCGUGUUCCCUCUUCUCUAUCCGGAAGUCUUUGAGAGGUUUAAGAUCCAACCUCCCAGAGGCUGUUUGUUUUAUGGCCCGCCGGGGACCGGGAAGACCCUGGUGGCGCGAGCGCUGGCUAACGAGUGCAGUCAGGGGAACCGGAAGGUUUCAUUCUUCAUGAGGAAAGGAGCCGACUGUCUCAGCAAGUGGGUCGGGGAAUCAGAAAGGCAGCUACGCCUGCUCUUUGACCAGGCUUACCUGAUGAGACCCUCCAUCAUUUUCUUUGAUGAGAUUGACGGUUUGGCUCCGGUUCGGUCCAGUAGACAAGACCAGAUACACAGUUCUAUUGUGUCCACUCUUCUGGCUCUGAUGGACGGUUUGGACUGUCGAGGGGAGAUAGUGGUCAUCGGUGCUACAAACAGACUUGACUCUAUCGACCCGGCACUCAGGAGGCCUGGACGCUUUGACCGGGAGUUUCUGUUCAGGCUGCCCGACAAAAAGGCCAGAAAGCAAAUUUUGAAGAUUCACACGAGAGACUGGAACCCCAAAUUGUCCGAGCCAUUUCUAGAUGAACUUGCAGAAAAAUGUGUUGGCUACUGCGGCGCCGACAUCAAAGCACUUUGCACGGAGGCGGCCUUAAUGGCGCUGCGCCGCCGCUAUCCCCAGAUCUACGGCAGCAGCGUCAAACUCAAGCUGGACGUCGCUUCUAUCGUCCUGGGGCCCGGCGACUUCAGCAAGGCCAUGAGGACCAUUGUCCCAGCCUCCCAGAGGGCCCUGGCUCCGCCGGGUCGAGCCCUGUCCCCCGUCCUCCGGCCUCUGCUGGACAGCUCUCUGUCCUUGGUGCUGAAGGCUCUGCUCCGAGUCUUCCCCCAUGCUCAGCCCGCUGACGGGGACUACAUACAAGGCGAUGACAAUCAUCCGUUGGAAGAAGAUUUGUACAGCGACGACAAUGAGGAUGGCUCUGCCUCCAUUUACGAAGUCCAGCCAGCUGCAUCCCCAAAGAGUCAGCCCUGCUCUUCUGCAAUGCACAGAACCUUCCUCCACUUCUCCUCCUCUGCCCUUCAGCAGCCCACGUCUUAUCGCCCCCGACUGCUGCUGGCAGGGGCCCCCGGCUCCGGACAGAGCUCCCAUUUGGCCCCUGCCUUGCUGCACCACCUGGACAAGCUGCCAGUGCACCGCCUGGACUUGCCCACUCUGUACUCCAUCAGCGCCAAGACGCCGGAGGAGUCCUGCGCUCAGGUUUUCCGCGAGGCCCGCCGGAGCACGCCCAGUGUGGUGUACAUGCCUCAUAUCUCCGAGUGGUGGGACACAGUUGGCGACACCGUGAGGAGCACCUUCAUCACGCUGCUGCAGGAUGUGCCCUCUUUCAGCCCAGUUCUGUUCCUUGCUACUGCGGAGACGCCUUACUCGAAGCUCUCUGAUGAGGUGAGAAGCAUGUUUCAGAAGGUUUACGGUGAGGUCGUCGUACUGUGCCCUCUGGGAGAAGAGGAGAGGAGGAACUUCUUCUCUGACCUCCUGCUGGUUCAAGCUGCCCGACCGCCUCCACGCCUCAGGAGUACAGCAGAAAGGUGCAGCGAGGUUCUUCAGGCGGCCGAGGCUCCAGGCCAGAGAGUCCUAUCAGCAGAAGAACAGCGCCGCCUGGCUGAGCAGGAGGAGAACACGUUACGGGAGCUGAGACUCUUCCUCAGGGACGUUACCAAGCGCCUGGCCACUGACAAGCGUUUCAGCAUCUUCAGCAAGCCGGUUGACAUAGAAGAGGUUUCCGAUUAUCUGGAAGUGAUUCGACAGCCAAUGGACCUAUCUACCAUCAUGACUAAGAUCGACACCCACCGGUAUUUAACAGUCAAGGACUUCCUCGUCGACGUCGACCUCAUUUGCAGCAACGCUUUAGAGUACAAUCCCGACAAGGAUCCUGGAGACAAGGUGAUCCGGCACAGAGCUUGCAGUCUGAAGGACACGGCCCACGCCAUAUUUGCCGCUGAGCUGGACCCGGAGUUUGACCGCAUGUGUGAGGAGAUAAAGGAGGCGCGCAAAAAGAGGGACUUCCAGGCGCCCGUUGAGCCGGCAGCUUCUGCAGGCGCACCGCCGGCUCGAAAGAACCACGACACCGGAGAGGAGCGGACCAGGAGCAGCACUCAGGGGGAAGUGACACAGAAAUCCUGCACCACAAAUCAUAUCAAGAGGAAAAUUCGUCGGCGGCCAUCCUGGGGGCGUGGCAUUAUACGCAAGAAGAAGAUCUACAAGAAAGAAAUAGAGGAGGAAGAGGAGGAGCCAGAAGCGGAGGUGGAAGGUGCGGCACCCAGUGACUCCUGCUUGACUCAGGAUGAGGAAUCGUCUUGUGAUGCGGCCGAUCCUCAGCCCAACGGCCAUCACCCUCAUGUUCCUUCCACGGAAGAGGAGAGCUCCAACGAGCCCCCCGACGAGGCUCACGCCAACGCCCCAGAUGCCAGCGAUGCACGACAGGGACCAGAACCUGAGGGGGGAGCGAAGGGGCCGCCAGCCAACGAGGUCGAGGUUGUGAACGCUGAGAAAAACGUGGACCCAUGGUGCUUGUCGACAGCGGAUGGAGACAGCCGCGCCAAAAUGGCCGACUUCCAGCCUUUGAUGCAACGACCGGAGUCUUCGGAUGCUCAGAUUCAGCCUCAUUACUCUGAGGGUCUCUUCACCUCACAAGUGGGCCACGUGAAUGGAACCGAGUCAAUGGACAGCCUGGACUCGCAGAGCCUGAAGAGCGGCGACGAGGCGAACACAAGGACUCCUCAGAGCGCAGCUGAGAGCAUUAACAAGCCGGAGCAGGAAGAGCACAAAGACGAGAGCAAAUGGACUCAGGAGCAGCGUCCGCUGGAUGGAGGCCGGCCAACAGAAACCACUGAGGAAGACGAACACAAAGACGAUGGAUCCAACCUGAUGUCCAGUAGAAUUCAUCAGAGUUCAUCAGAGCAGCUGCAGAGACCUGCUGGAGGAGCAGAGGAAGAGCCACACUCAGCCCCUCCUCUUCCUCCAGUCGUGGUUGAUCACCAGCGGCUCCUGGCUCUGCUGGACAAGGUGGUGAAGAAGAGCGAGGGCUUCAGCGUGGAACAGCUGGAGAGGCUCUACUCUCUCCUGAGCCAGUGCGUCUACCACCAUCGCAGGGAGUACGACAAGACCCGGCUACUGGAGGAGAUGGAGGAGAAAACCCAGCAUUUCCAUACAUUCCUGUGAGACGGAGACGCCAAAACCGCCGGGGACCACAAAGACUGUGCCGGGCCGCCGCGAGUCCGGCCCGUCACACUAAAGACAUUGACGCGUCCUGCUGUGGCUCGGUAAAGCAGGGCGGCGACUUUCCACGGUGCUAACGACUCAGGAACCUGGCCGGAUCCAGAUCCAUCCUACACAACCAAACCACCACCCCCCUCCCAGUGUGCACGCACACUCCACAACCACCAGAGGUGCUAAACCCGGGUGCUAACCUUUUAUCCGCCACACAGCAGGCAGCUCUCCAGAAACGCUCAGACCUCCACCAGCAGACGUCUGAAUCCACACCGACCCUCCACCGGAUUCCUCGCCAUCGCGCAGCUCAUUCUCUCUGCCAUUUCGAUCUACUUGACUCUUUACGUACUUGAGCCGCCAACGAGGCCCCCCCCCCCCCUCCCCUCGCCCUGAACAAAAGGCGCUUGACCGCCAGCACAUCCUCCAGGAGGUCAGCACAGCGGGACCAUCCGCAUCCUCGCCAUCACCGCGGAUGUCGGGACGAUCCGUAGAACAAGCAGGAGGAAGCUGGGCCCACAGUCGGGUCUUCAUCCGCAAACCCCCCCCCCCUGGGCGGAGGGAACUGGAAGCGGUACAAAUCGGAAGGCGUCUGUAGUUUGCACUGCCUAGCGUGUGCCUUAUUUAAAACAACAAAAAAAAAACACAACCUCUUUGAGACGAAUGGAUUUGGUGGAAUAUUUGAUGCGGGUCGGGUUCCAACCAAUGAAAUCGUUGAAGCCAUUAGGCCCGGUAACAGAAAUCUGAGGUUCUUCAAAUGUUACAGAUCGUGCAUGUGGUGGAGCGGCCUCCUCUGUGCUUCAUAUGCAAAAAAAAAAAAAAGGAACAAUGCGAGGAAAGGGUGCCAAGCGUUCUCCCCCUAAAGGUGCUGAAGUGUUUUGAGAAAACAUCUAGACGUUUGUUUCUACCUUUCUGUUACGCUGUCUUCUUUGUGACGGAUGGAGGCCAUUCUAGGCAGUGCUCAUCUUCUCUGCUCUCUUCCUUCCACACCUGACGGAAGGGGAAGUGGGUUCUCACCUGUGGCCAAGCGUUCGCCUUCUCCCUGUGUUUCUGUGGCUCCCCUCUCCUUGAAGCUCACCUCUGCCUUCUUUGCCCCGCCCCCCUCAGCUCCAGGUGAUAAGAGCGUAUGCAAACUGGCGACUACAGGUUAGCACUUGGACUACUGCAGAGAGGAGGAAACCAAUGCUACCUCAGCGUAAUUUAUUCUAUUGCGAAAUCUGUUUACUGGGUACAAAAGCAGUAUUUUGUUUCUUUGUUCCUCCUUUUUAAAGAAAAUACUGUUGUGACAUCCACCGUACGGCGGCGGGUACCAGAUCAGUGCGAGCGCCGCCGCUGCAGUAAUCCAAGAGUUGAUGGACGCAUGUUUGCAUUUGAGCCAGGUGAUGAUUGAUUUCUAGCAUUAAUUUAUCAGUUUAUGAAAAUUCUUUUCUGUAUUUGGACACUGAGAACUCUGCACACACCUGCCCCCCCCCCCCCCCCCCCGCUUACCUGUCUGUCAUCUCAUGUUUUUUUUAUUUAUUGCAAAUGAUUUCCACCUUUUUUUGUUAUGAAAUUUGACAGAAUUGGAAGAUUCUAAACGUCCGUCUUUUCCGUUUUGUCAACUUGUGUAGCGUUUGUGUAGCAGCUUGAUUUGGUGGGGGGGUUUACAGGUCUCUCAGGUUUACCAGGAUUUGUAUUUUUUUUUUUUUUGUAUUUUUUUCCUUCAUUCAGUGGUUACAGAUGAACUGGAAGAAAAGAGAAGAUUGAGAACAGGACCAGACUUGCUGUCAUGUCAUCUCCACUUUUUUUUUUUUUGCCAAAAAGAAUUAAAAAAGAAAAAAAACACACACCUGGAUGUAAGAUGUGGAUAGUUGAUGUCACACAUUGUGAUCCCCCUAUUUUUUUUAUUUUUUUAUUCUUUUAAAUUGUAGCCAGUUUGGACUAACCGCCAGUUUUUGUCCGGUAGUUGAGGAUUUAAUCCGGAGCGCUGGGAGGGAAAGGUGGGUUCUCUUCUCCUUUUGUGUUCCAGUCAUGUUCAUCUUUCUUUUGUCAGUUUUGUGUAUUUGACAAGGCUGUUUGCAUUGUUACUUUAGUGUAACUUAUAUUUGGAAUUUACUGUAUUUCUAAAUAAACUGCUGUGAUAUACUUGAA